AUGCGGGAUACGGUACCCGAGACAAUGCUUCUAGCAGCUCUCUCUAUCGACAACACUGAAGAACUAUCAGCAGAGAUCGUCCUAAUGGAUGUCGUCGAGGAAGUUGCAAAGCCAACUGUAGCGGAGAUUACCGAGAGGAGUUUCGGUGUAAAAGAAGAGUCGACAUUUAUUGACAAUGAGCAUGGCAAAGUGAAUCAUCGCUCAAAUACGAAGAUUAUUAUCACUGGAUUGGACAGUGACGGCGACAUGACAUUGGCACGUCUGCGUUGCCUAGGAAUCGAGAUGAACAAUGCCAAUCUUCCCUUUCAAGAAGAAGAGAAACCUGUCAGCAGGAUGUUCUCAGGCAGUCAAAAAGAGAAAGAAUUACGUAGAGAACGCGGAGAAAUGCUGGUGAGGUUAUUCAGAGAACAUCCUCGUCUUGCUGACUCGGCAACUGCCAGAAAAGCAGAGAAGAACUUAGAACGUGCACAGAUGUGGGAAAAAAUUACAUGCGAAGUCAACGACACGUUCGGUUCUCGAUUGGAAAUCUUAUCAGUAGAGAAAGUGAAAAAACUUCUCUCUUACUAUAAGAAGAGAGACUAUGACAUCUGCGAUAGCAUUAAAACAUUUGGGCAGACUAAAGCGUGUGAUGAUGGAAAAGAAUCUGAACAACUGUGUACCACUCCUUCCUCAAGAUGUGACUUGAUUUCGAGCGAACAUGAUGUUUUUCCAUGUGAACACCCCAAGCGUUUGGAACAUGGUCGAGAGACGAACGAUGAGAUAGGAGAACUACGUCGUCGGCUGGCUGAUCGCGACGCUGAAAUUGAGCAUCUUCGGCGCAGAGUUGUUGAGCAAGGAGAUGAAUAUAGGAGUCAAAUUAAUGUUGUCCUUGAUAUUCUGAAGACUGCCGUUGAUAAAGUUUUUGAGAACAUCCGAAUAUUCCUUGGUGUAGCGUGA